AUGCACGAUCCACUCAUAUGUAUCUAUCUAUCUAUCUAUCUAUUUGUGAGGGCAGCUGCAAAGUUACCUGCACGAUCCAAUUCUAUCUAUCUAUCUAUCUAUCUAUCUAUCUAUCUAUCUAUCUAUCUAUCUAUUUGUGAGGGCCGGCUGCAAAGUUAUCUGCACGAUCCAAUUCUAUCAAUUAUCUAUCUAUCUAUCUAUCUAUCUAUCUGUCUAUCUAUCAUCUAUCUAUCUAUUUAUUUGAGGGCCGGCUGCAAAGUUAUCUGCACGAUCCAAUUAUCUAUCUAUCUAUCUAUCUAUCUAUCUAUCUAUCUAUCUAUCUAUCUAUCUAUCUAUCAAUUUUUAUCUGCACGAUCCAAUUCUAUCUAUCUAUCUAUCUAUCUAUCUAUCUAUCUAUCUAUCUAUCUAUCUAUCUAUCUAUUUGUGAGGGCCGGCUGCAAAGUUAUCUGCACGAUCCAAUAUCUAUCUAUCUAUCUAUCUAUCUAUCUAUCUAUCUAUCUAUUUGAGGGCAAAUUGGAAAAGGACGUGUACAUCUAUCUAUCUAUCUAUCUAUCUAUCUAUCUAUCUAUCUAUCUAUCUAUCUAUCUAUCUCAGCCUCUUUGUCAUCUAUCUAUCUAUUUAUCUGCAAAGGCCGACUGUAAGGUUAUCUGCACGAUCCAAUUCUAUCUAUCACAUAUAUUUUUCGCCGAAGAAAUCGACCAAACUAUCUUCUUCAACUCAAACUUUUUUUGUAAUUAUAAUGCUCGAUAUCCUGUCUUAGUUCAUUAA